AUGGAUGACUUCUCCUUCUCCCGCUCCGGCAAGCACCAGCGUCGCCGGCAAGGCGCGCGUUCUCCCUUCACCACGGCAGACAACUCCACCUCUUUUGCCGCCCCUGUGCUGGUCGGGCGCCGGGGCCUCGAUGACAAGUCGUGGCAGAGCUCCGUGUCCUGGCAGCCGGACACGUCGUGGGCGCAGCCGCACGGCCUCGGCGCAGCCAUCGGGCCAUGGGCACCGGCGGGGUCGUCGGAGUCUGCCUCCCGGCGUGGGCCAGCGCUUUUCCGCCGGACAGCAAGGGACUACUACUUGUCAACACGGUCGUCGAGACGAACAUACCGAGACCGGUCGUCGGUGGCGAGGCAGCCCCGAGCUGGCGGCGGCAAGCGCCUGGAGCUACAGAGUGUCGUGACCGACGCGAGCCGCGCCAUCGUUGUGGCGCCCAACACUUCUUUUGCCAGCAACGAUGACAUCGUCAGCUCGACCACCGCCGUUCGCACGGCCGCCGGCCUAGACUCCGGAGACAAGGCGAUGGUGAAGCACAGCGGCACCUACAACAACGCCAUGUCCCGUGAAGUCUCCUUUUCGCGCGACAACCACGACAAGCUCUACGUUCCGCCGCGGCGGGACGCGCCUAGUUUUGGCUACGACGUCAGCGUCGCGUCGUACAGCCACAGCCAGCGCUACGACGACGGCGGCGGCUACAGUUACGACGGCGAGGACGACGGCGACUGUGAGAUCGAGGUGAGGAUCGGAAAGCCUGUCAGCAUCUCCGGGCUGUUUAAGUACUCGACACCGUUAGACAUCCUCCUCCUCGUUCUCGGGUGUGUUGGUGCCACAAUCAACGGUGGCUCACUUCCCUGGUACUCGUAUCUGUUCGGGAAUUUCAUCAACAAGGUUGUCAACACCGAUAAGGCACAGAUGAUGACGGAUGUCAAACAGAUCAGCUUUUACAUGGUGUUUCUUGCUGCAGUAGUUGUGAUAGGGGCCUAUCUUGAGAUCACGUGUUGGAGGAUCAUUGGCGAGAGGUCGGCGCUCCGCAUACGACGGGAGUACCUAAAGGGGGUGCUGAGGCAAAAGAUUGGGUUCUUCGACACGGAGGUCAGCACGGGCGAGGUGAUGCAAAGCAUCUCCAGUGAUGUCGCUCAAAUCCAGGAUGUCAUGGGAGAGAAGAUGGCAGGCUUUGUGCAUCACGUCUUCACCUUCAUCUUCGGUUACGCGGUCGGCUUCACCAAAUCAUGGAAGAUUGCUCUUGCGGUCUUCGCUGUCACACCUCUCAUGAUGUCCUGCGGCAUCGCCUACAAGGCCAUCUAUGGCGGCCUCACCGCCAGGGACGAGGCAUCAUACCAACGUGCAGGCAGCGUGGCCCAGCAGGCGAUCAGCUCGAUCCGGACUGUCCUCUCCUUCGUGAUGGAGGACCGGCUGGCUGACAAAUACGCUGAGUGGCUGAACCAGGCAGCUCCAAUCGGUAUAAAGAUGGGCUUCGCCAAGGGCGCAGGUAUGGGCAUGAUCUACCUAGUAACCUACUCCCAGUGGGCUCUGGCGUUGUGGUAUGGCUCGGACCUGGUUGCCAAGGGCGAGAUCAAAGGUGGCGACGCAAUCGCCUGCUUCUUCGGUGUCAUGGUCGGAGGAAGGCAUGUAUUGCGCAGGGGUUUGGCGUUAUCGCUGUCCUACUACGCCCAGUUCGCACAGGGGACGGUGGCGGCGGGGCGAGUCUUCGAGAUCAUCGACCGGGUGCCGGAGAUUGACGCAUACGAUAGCGGCGGUCGCAUGUUGUCGACAGUAAGGGGGCAGAUCGAGUUCAAGGACGUGGAGUUCACGUACCCGUCGCGCCCGGAGGCCAUCAUCUUGUACAACCUGAAUCUUACCAUCCCCGCUUCCAAGAUGCUGGCGCUUGUUGGCGUUAGCGGAGGGGGCAAGUCCACUAUGUUCGCGCUCAUCGAAAGGUUCUACGACCCGACGCGAGGGACGAUUAAGUUGGACGGCCAGGACCUGCCAUCGCUAAAUCUUAGGUGGCUGCGCUCGCUGAUCGGCUUGGUCGGACAGGAGCCCAUCCUGUUUGCCACCUCCAUCAUAGAGAACGUUAUGAUGGGGAAGGAGAACGCGACGAGGCAAGAGGCCCUCGCGGCCUGCACCAAGGCCAAUGCUCACACCUUCGUCCUGGGCCUGCCAGAUGGCUACGAUACACAGGUUGGCGACCGUGGGACCCAGCUGUCGGGUGGGCAGAAGCAGCGGAUCGCGCUCGCGCGCGCAAUCAUCCGGGACCCGCGCAUCCUGCUGCUGGACGAGCCCACCAGCGCCCUGGACGCCGAGUCUGAGGCUCUGGUGCAGCGGUCUAUUGACCACCUUUCAGCCGGGCGCACCGUGGUGGUCAUCGCCCAUCGCCUCGCCACCGUCCGCAAUGCUGACACCAUCGCCGUGCUCGACCGCGGGGCCGUAGUGGAGUCUGGCCGCCACGCUGAUCUGAUGGCUCGGGGCGGUCCAUACGCUGCCCUUGUGAAGCUCGCGGCGGACGGUGGCAGUUUCACCGAUGAGUCAGGGUAUGAGAUGUCCAUGAUGUCCAAGUCACGGCACCGUGUGGAGACGAUCCACGAAGAGGCGAGCCCGAAGGAUGCUCCCGCAAAGUUCAGUGUCUCGGAAAUAUGGCAGCUGCAGCGGCGGGAAGGCCCCUUGCUGAUCUUGGGUUUUCUGAUGGGCAUAAAUGCUGGAGCUGUGUUCUCGGUGUUCCCGCUGCUCCUGGGCCAGGCCGUCGAGGUGUACUUUGAUGCCGACACGUCAAAGAUGAAGCGGCAGGUGGGCUAUCUGGCGGUCGCCGUGGUUGGCCUCGGCGUGGCUUGCAUCCUGACCAUGAUAGGGCAGCAGGGUCUGUGCGGAUGGGCGGGUGCUCGGCUCACCAUGCGUGUCCGAGACCGCCUCUUCCGCGCCAUCAUGAAGCAGGAGCCGGCGUGGUUCGACGAGGAAGACAACGCCAUGGGUGUCCUCGUGACACGGCUGGCGCGGGACGCCAUCGCAUUCCGGUCCAUGUUCGGAGACAGGUACGCCGUGCUCUUGAUGGCCGUGGGCUCAGCCGGUGUGGGACUCGGCAUAUGCUUCGCGCUGGACUGGCGGCUGACGCUUGUCGCCAUGGGCUGCACGCCGUUGACGCUUGGUGCCAGUUAUCUCAAUCUGCUCAUCAACGUCGGCCCAAAGUCGGACGAUGGCACGUACGCAAGGGCCAGCAGCGUUGCCGCUGGCGCCGUGUCCAACGUGCGCACUGUGGCUGCUCUCUGCGCCCAGGGCAACAUCGUCCGAACCUUCAACCGGGCACUCGAUGCCCCCGUGUCCAAGGCUCGGAGGAGGUCACAGAUCAUGGGCAUCAUCCUCGGGCUCUCCCAAGGCGCCAUGUACGGCGCCUACACGGUCACACUUUGGGCUGGUGCUCUCUUCAUAAAGAGAGACGAGUCCAAAUUCGGUAACGUGUCCAAGAUCUUCCUCAUCCUUGUGCUAAGUUCCUUCUCUGUUGGCCAACUGGCUGGCCUUGCCCCCGACACAUCCGGCGCACCAGCGGCCAUCGCGGGCAUACUGUCCAUAUUGAAGCGUCGCCCGACGAUCAACGAGGAUGCUGCCAAGCGGCGAACAAUCAAAGAUGGGAGGCCCAUUGAUGUGGAUCUGAAGAAUGUGACGUUUGCAUACCCAUCGCGUCCAGGUGUGACAGUGCUGAAUGGAUUCUCAAUGCGCGUGAAGGCAGGAAGCACCACUGCAGUGGUCGGUGCGAGUGGUAGCGGGAAGUCCACGGUGGUGUGGUUGGUACAACGAUUCUACGACCCGGUGGAUGGCAAAGUGAUGGUAGGGAGUAUUGAUGUACGGGAACUGGACCUCAAGUGGCUUCGAGGGGAGUGUGCGAUGGUGGGCCAGGAGCCGGCCCUGUUCACUGGGUCCAUAAGAGAGAACAUCGGGUUCGGCAACCAAAAGGCUUCGUGGGCUGAGAUUGAAGAUGCGGCCAAGGAGGCCAACAUCCAUAAGUUCAUUGCUGGGCUUCCCGAUGGCUAUGAUACUCAGGUAGGAGAGAGUGGGGUCCAAUUGUCAGGGGGGCAGAAGCAGAGGAUCGCAAUUGCACGAGCAAUCGUCAAGCAAUCCAGGAUACUACUUCUGGACGAGGCUAGCAGCGCGUUGGAUCUUGAAUCCGAAAAGCAUGUGCAGGAAGCACUCAGGAAAGUCUCACGGCGUGCAACGACUAUCGUGGUAGCACACCGCCUCUCCACUGUCCGUGAAGCCGACCGCAUUGCUGUUGUCAGCAACGGAAGGGUCAUCGAGUUCGGAAGCCACGACGACCUUCUAGCGAACCAUCGUGAUGGUUUGUACGCCGACAUGGUUAAGGCAGAAGUGGAAGCGCAAGCGUUCGCCUAGAAUACUCUGCUGCAUGUAAUUUCAGCAAUUUGCUCAUAAUGAUGAUCAAUUCUUGUUUUACCACCAAAAGUAUUAGUAAUACUUAGG